UUACGGCCAUUCCAGCCAGCGAGUUGGGGUUUCCCCUGUUACGGGUGUGGAAGGCGAACGUGGUGCAGGAUGUCGCCUACGAUCCACGAGUUGGCCGAGCAGCUCGCGAGCCAGCAGUCGAACGCUGCCAAGAAAAGCCUGAAGGAUGAAAUUGAAUCAAUUUUGCAGGAGCGUAUUAUGGUUUUGGAUGGAGGCAUGGGCACCAUGAUUCAACAAUAUAACUUGACAGAAGAGGAUUUUAGAAGUCAAGAAUUUAAGGACCAUCCGAAAUCGCUAAAGGGGAACAAUGACCUAUUGAGUAUAACUCAGCCUGAUAUAAUCUGCAAAAUUCACAAGGAAUACUUGCUGUCUGGUGCUGAUAUCAUCGAGACCAACACCUUCAGCAGCACUAGGAUAGCACAAGCGGACUAUGGCCUUGAACAUCUGGCUUAUCGGUUAAAUAAAAUAUCGGCACAGGUAGCCCGGAAAGCAGCCGAUGAUAUCACUGCUGAGACAGGACGGAAAAGAUACGUUGCUGGGGCAAUGGGUCCCACAAACAAGACCCUUUCUGUCUCCCCUUCAGUGGAAAAGCCAGAUUACCGGAAUGUCACUUUUGAUGAACUCGUGGAAGCAUACACAGAACAAGCCAAAGGACUUCUAGAUGGAGGAGCAGAUAUCAUGUUAGUUGAAACCAUAUUUGAUACAGCCAAUGCCAAGGCAGCUCUCUUUGCUCUUCAAAAAUUGUUUGAGGAAGAGUAUGAACCCAGAGCAUUGUUUGUGUCGGGGACCAUUGUCGAUAAAAGCGGCCGCACUCUCUCUGGCCAGACUGGGGAAGCAUUCGUCAUCAGUAUAUCUCACAGUGACCCACUCUGCAUUGGUUUGAACUGUGCUUUGGGGGCUUUGGAAAUGAGGCCCUUCAUUGAAACAAUUGGGAAGUGUUCCACUGCCUACAUCAUUUGUUAUCCCAAUGCAGGUCUUCCAAACACAUUCGGUGGUUAUGAUGAAACACCUGAACUGACUGCCAAGCACCUUAAGAAUUUUGCCCUAGAUGGUUUGGUGAACAUAGUUGGUGGCUGUUGUGGGACCACUCCAGCACACAUCCGGGCGAUAGCUGACGCCGUAAAGGCAUGCAAGCCCCGCCUCCCCGCCUCCUCUGUUUCGGAUGGCAACAUGUUGCUGUCAGGUCUGGAACCCUUCAGGAUUGGGCAGUACACCAACUUUGUUAACAUUGGUGAACGCUGCAAUGUUGCAGGAUCAAGGAAGUUUGCCAAACUCAUCAUGGCAGACAAAUACGAAGAAGCGUUGACUGUAGCCAAGGCCCAAGUGGAGAUGGGAGCUCAAAUUUUGGAUAUCAAUAUGGAUGAUGGAAUGCUAGAUGGGCCACGUGCUAUGGCGAGAUUUUGCAACUUCAUUGCUUCAGAACCAGACAUUGCCAAGGUGCCACUCUGUAUUGAUUCUUCAAAUUUCUCAGUGAUCGAGGCCGGGCUGAAGUGUUGCCAAGGCAAAUGCAUAGUGAACAGCAUCAGUCUGAAGGAAGGCGAAGAUGACUUCCUAGCAAAAGCUAAAGUAAUAAGGAGAUACGGAGCAGCUGUGGUAGUUAUGGCCUUUGAUGAAGUGGGUCAGGCCACAACAUCAGCAGAAAAAAUCUCCAUCUGCCACAGAGCCUACCACCUCCUGGUGGACAAAGUGGGCUUUAAUCCCAAUGAUAUCAUUUUUGAUCCCAACAUUCUGACCAUAGGUACUGGAAUGGAGGAACAUAAUGUGUAUGCAAUUAACUUUAUUGAUGCAACCAAAACCAUAAAAGAAACUCUGCCUGGAGCCAAAAUAAGUGGAGGCCUUUCCAAUCUGUCUUUUUCCUUCCGGGGAAUGGAGGCUAUUCGAGAAGCAAUGCAUGGAGUUUUCCUUUACCAUGCAAUUAAGCAUGGAAUGGACAUGGGGAUCGUAAAUGCAGGGAAUUUGCCAGUAUAUGAUGAUAUCCAUAAGGAACUUUUGCAGCUGUGUGAAGAUUUGAUCUGGAAUAAAGAUCCAGAUGCGACUGAGAAGCUUUUGCGUUACGCUCAGACCCACGCUCAAGGUGGAAAGAAAGUGGUGCAGACCGAUGAAUGGAGAAAUGGCUCUGUAGAAGAAAGACUGGAGUAUGCCCUUGUCAAGGGCAUUGAGAAAUACGUGGUUGAAGACACAGAAGAGGCUAGAUUAAAGAAAAAAAUGUAUCCCAGACCUCUGAAUAUAAUUGAGGGCCCUCUGAUGAAUGGCAUGAAAUCAGUUGGAGAACUUUUUGGGGCUGGCAAGAUGUUUCUUCCACAGGUGAUCAAGUCUGCUCGGGUUAUGAAGAAAGCUGUGGGUCAUCUCAUCCCCUUCAUGGAGAAGGAAAGAGAGGAAAUGCGUGCAUUGUGCAGUAGCACAGAAGAGGAGGACCCUUACCAGGGCACUAUUGUGUUAGCUACCGUGAAAGGCGAUGUACAUGAUAUUGGCAAGAACAUUGUGGGAGUUGUCCUGGGCUGCAAUAAUUUCAGAGUCAUUGAUCUGGGAGUCAUGACACCAUGUGACAAGAUACUCAGAGCAGCUCUUGAAAGCAAAGCAGAUAUCAUUGGUCUCUCUGGUCUCAUCACUCCAUCUUUGGAAGAGAUGAUUUUUGUUGCCAAGGAAAUGGAGAGGUUAGAAAUAAAGAUUCCAUUGCUGAUUGGAGGAGCAACUACUUCCAAAACACACACAGCGGUGAAAAUUGCCCCACGCUACAGUGCUCCUGUCAUUCAUGUCCUGGAUGCAUCAAAGAGCGUGGUGGUUUGCUCUCAGCUUUUGGAUGAGAAUCUAAAGGAUGACUUCUUUGAAGAAAUACAAGAGGAGUAUGAAGACAUUAGACAGGACCACUAUGACUCUCUCAAGGACAGGAGGUAUUUAUCGCUAGAGCAAGCAAGGCACAAAGGCUUCUGUUACAACUGGCUUACUGAAUCUAAACCAGUUAAACCAAAAUUCCUUGGCACUAGAAUUUUUGAAGAUUAUGACUUGCAGAAGCUGGUGGAAUACAUUGACUGGAAGCCUUUUUUUGAUGUGUGGCAGCUUAGAGGCAAAUACCCCAAUCGGGGAUUUCCUAAAAUCUUCAAUGAUAAAGUGGUGGGUGAAGAGGCAAAAAAGAUCUAUAAUGAAGCUCAGAAUUUGCUGAAAACGUUGAUUAAACAAAAUAAGUUUAAAGCUAAAGGUCUCGUUGGAUUUUGGCCAGCUCAGAGUGUUCAAGACGACAUUUAUAUAUAUGCCACAGAAAAGUAUUCUUCAGAACCAAUUGCUAAGUUCUGUGGCUUAAGGCAACAGGCCGAGAAAGACUCUGCUUCUACAGAUCCCUAUUAUUGCUUGUCUGACUUUGUAUCCCCUCUGGAGUCUUGCGUUCCUGACUAUUUGGGUCUGUUUGCUGUGGCAUGCUUUGGAGUAGAUGAACUCUGCAAGGAGUAUGAGAAACAGUCUGAUGACUACAAUAGCAUAAUGGUGAAAGCACUGGGAGAUCGGUUAGCUGAGGCAUUUGCAGAGGAACUUCAUGAAAGGGUCCGGAAAGAAUUCUGGGCUUACUGUAAAAAUGAACAGCUGGAAUUUUCGGAUUUGCGUAGGAUUAGGUAUGAUGGAAUUCGCCCAGCACCUGGGUAUCCUUGUCAGCCUGACCACACUGAAAAAAUAACUAUGUGGAAACUUGCAGACAUUGAGAAGGCAACAGGUAUUCAGCUCACUGAAUCCCUAGCAAUGUUGCCUGCUUCAGCAGUAUCAGGCCUCUACUUUUCCAAUCCUGAAUCCAAAUACUUUGCUGUUGGGAAAAUAUUGAAAGAUCAGGUAGAAGAUUACGCCUUGAGGAAAAGCAUGCCUGUAUCAGAGGUUGAGAAAUGGCUGGGACCCAUUCUUGGAUAUGAGCCAGAAUAACUGUACGUGUGAAGGAUUGGGGUGGGAUUUUGAAUGGUAUCAAGUUGGUGUCCCUUCACCAAUCUCAAUCUUGUCUCCGUUUUGGUCACCACAGGAAGUCAAAGUGGUUAACAUGGUGACCAUUUCAUGCGCACAUACAUGCUCACAUAUGUUAACGUGAACAAAUGUGUCCGUUUCUAAUUGAAAGGGACUGCCAGCUGUUUUUUGGAGCCUAAUUUAAUGAGGUGUGUGUGUGUGAACAGAGUCGUUUCAUAUUUAAAUGUGCUCCUGGUAGACUACUAAUAAAAUGUUGUACAGAGCCCAUAA